AGCACUGAAAGUGUUCGUCAAAACGCUCGACUGAAAAAGACCAACUUUUUUCUUUCGAGUUUCACGCCUCUUAUUUGCUACGAUGUUUCGUAGACGAAUCCAAGCGGCCUUUAACAUCAAAGGGUUAAUAGCGGGAAACUGCAGCGCGAGUUUUAUAAUCAAGAAUGAGAUACACGGUGUUGAUGCAUCGUAUUCGACCAUUUCGGAUAGUGUAGAGUUGCCAAGAAAGCUAAAGAGGUCUGAGCGGAAGCCAUUGGUGACGGGCGUUAACGAGCUCAAGCGCAGAGCAAGGGCGGAGAAGAAAGAGAGACGAGAGGCCCGUGAGGUUCCUCUGAAACCUCCUGAGAAUGGGGUGUUGGUGAAAGGAUUAAUACCAGUAGCUCAUGAGGUUUUAGCUGCCAAAGCUGAGUUAUUUGUGUGUGUUUCUAAGGUUGCAGAAGAGAUUCCUAUUUAUUCAUGCAGAUUGUGUGGGGAAGUUCAUGUUGGUGAUCCACCACAUAAGAUUAGAACAUGUUCUGUGAGUGGUAGUCAGAGAAGCAAAGAGCAUAUUUGGGAGAGAGGGGGUGUCAAACAUUUACUGCCUGUUGUGGAGUCUUUUCAUAUGUAUGAUAGGUUGGGGAGAGCUGUUUCACAUAACGAGCGCCUCGAGGUGGAUCGAAUUCCAGCUCUUAUGGAGUUGUGUAUUCAGGCUGGUGUAGACAUACCUGACUACCCAUCUAGAAGAAGAAAGUUCCCUGUUUACCGCGUUGCAGGGAAGAUGAUAGAUUUUGAGAAGAAGUUUCCCAAGGAUGAUUCAUCCGGAAAUCAUAUACAGACCUCUGGUUUUUGGGGAACCACUAAGAGAUCAACUGAAAAUGAUAAAACUUUGAGUUUGCCACAUCAUGAUGUGAAAGGAUUUGCAGAAAUAGGAAUGGAAGCGUGGGAUAAAAUGCGUUCAGGAGCCAUACAGCUAAUGCAAAAGUACGCUGUUCAAACGUGUGGAUAUUGCCCCGAGGUCCAAGUUGGACCAAAGGGUCACAGGGUGAGGCAAUGCCAAGCCUUUAAGCAUCAGAUGAGGGAUGGACAGCAUGCUUGGCAAGAGGCAACCAUAGAUGACCUUGUCCCACCAGUGUAUGUUUGGCAUGUUCAAGAUCCACAUUCUGGUGUGCCUCAAAUAGAUGCUUUAAAGAGGUACUAUGGAAAAUUGCCUGCAGUUGUAGAAUUGUUUGCUCAAGUUGGAGCCAAGGUUGGAAGUAACUAUGAUGGCAUAAUGAGAGCCGACGUUGCUCUUCCUAGUCUAGACGAAGAAAAGCUAGUCGUAUGAAGCUGUGUUAAUAGCAGUAUCACAUCCAUAUUGACGCCAUCCAUCGGGACCUGAACAAGAAGUUCCCAAUCACAUCUAUAUUGGCGCCAUCUAUGGGAGCCUGAACGAGAAAUUCACGGGUAACAAGUGAAUUUUCAAGGGUAGAAUCAAUGCUUCCCAGGUAUUUUAGAAUUAAGUUGGAAACAUUUGAGAUAUUGAAUCAUUGUAAAUGCAUAUGUACAUAUCAUUUUGAGGCUUUGAGCAAAUUAUAUUCAUAUUUAAAUCUU